AUGGCUCCAAUUUCCAACCCUAACCCAACUCAACCAGGCGACUCCCCCAGAACCAACGGAGUUACCAUGAAUGGCAGCGAGUUGCCACGGCAACAUGCACCCUCAGUCCCCAUUGCGAUUGUGGGCAUGGCUUGCCGCUUCAGUGGGAACGUCAGGAAUCCUACUCAGUUGUGGGAACUCUGUGCGAAUGGGAAGGAUGGCUGGUCUCCCAUCCCCGAUUCGCGCUUUGAUGUGAAGUCGCUGUAUCAUCCUGAUAAUUCAAAAGCUGGCAGAAGCCAUGUUAUUGGUGGCUACUUUCUGGAUGAUGAUAUCGCUUGUUUUGAUGCCGCCUUUUUUAAUUUGGCCUCAGAUGUCGCUAGUGGUCUUGACCCUCAAGCCAGACUGUUGCUCGAGACUGUCUACGAAGCAACAGAAGAUGCUGGCAUCCCUCUAAACAAGCUCGCUGGCACCAAUACAUCGGUCUAUACCGGAACAUUCAACAAAGAUUACCAUGAAAUCCAGACCAAGGAUGCCGAGGUUUUGACCCGCUCCUUUCUCGCCGGCACAGGCACCGCAAUGCUCUCCAACCGCGUCUCGCACUUCUUUGAUUUGCAAGGACCAAGUCUUUCCAUCGACACGGGCUGCUCGUCGGGCCUGGUGGCAGUCCACCAAGCGUGCCAGAGCAUUCGCACUGGGGAGAGCAACAUUUCAAUUGUCGGUGCUUCUAGUACACUCCUUAGUCAAGAUGCUUUCAUUUCGGCAUCCACUAUUGGUGCCAUUGGUUCCGAAGGCAAAUGCUUCGCCUGGGACAGUCGUGCUGCCGGCUACGGCCGUGGUGAGGGUGUAGCGGCACUCAUUCUCAAACCUCUGGAUGCCGCGCUGCUCGCUGGUGACCAAAUCCAUGCCGUCAUCAAGGACAGCGGAGUCAACCAAGACGGCAAGACGACCACAAUUACCUCCCCAUCUGCUGACGCCCAGGUCAACUUGAUUGAACAAUGCUACCGUCGUGCAGGGCUUGAUAUCGCUCAGACUGGCUACGUGGAGGCUCACAUGACCGGCACAGCGGCUGGGGAUCCCGUUGAGGCCGAGGCAAUUGCGAGAACCUUUGGAAAGGCUCGUCAGGCAGAUGACAAGGUACUGGUUGGCUCUGUGAAGACAAAUGUUGGCCACACCGAGCCCGUUAGUGGUCUUGCAGCCGUUAUCAAGACUACAUUUGCGUUGAAAACAGCAUCGAUCCCUCCGAACCUCAACUAUGAGACUCCGAAUCCAAGUAUUGACCUUGAUAAGGGCCAUUUGGAGGUGCCGACACGGUUAACGCCAUGGCCGGAAGACAAGAUCCUUCGCGCUUCAAUCAACAAUUUUGGUUAUGGUGGAACGAACGCUCACGUCAUCUUGGAGCCUGCGCCAGCCCCAACAGCAAUUUAUCACCUGAAUGGACAGUCGACAUCUGAAGGAAGUCGAUCGGGUGAUAACUCGCGCGUUUUCGUGGUCAGCGCGAGGGACUCUGCCGCCUGUCGGACUGUGAUGGACCGUCUUGCUUCUCAUAUUAUUAAGACGUCACCAUCGCCAGAGAGCCUUGCUUAUACGCUCAAUGAGCGUCGAUCACUACACCCCUGGGUUGCUGCUGUCCGGGCCACGUCAAUUGAAGACCUGGCUGAACGACUCCGAGAGUCGGAACGCAAGCCCUCAUUUGCGUAUAAAAAGCCACGUUUAGGGUUUGUGUUCAAUGGCCAGGGUGCCCAAUGGCAUGCAAUGGCUAGAGAACUUCUUACCGUGUACCCUGUUUUUGGCCAUGCCAUCUCUAAUGCGGGCAAGAUCCUGAAGGAAUACGGGGCCUCUUGGUCAUUGAUCGAUGAACUUAAUCGUGAUGAAACCUCGACACGAGUAUCCGAAAUCCAUUUGAGUCAGCCGAUUAGCGUCGCCAUUCAGCUCGGCCUCGUCGAUCUGCUCAAGUCCUGGGGCAUCACCCCUUCUGCCAUCACCAGCCAUUCCAGUGGUGAAAUUGCCGCGGCCUAUGCAGCCGGAGCGCUGCCUUUCGAACAGGCACUCGGUGUGGCAUAUUACCGUGGCGAGCUAGCCCGCAAGCAACUCAAAGUGUGCUCCCUUACGGGUGGAAUGCUUGCCGUAGGCAUUGACCAACAGAGUGCUGAGCGACACAUCGCUGAAAUCACCCCUAGCGGUGGUGUCGUCGUAGCUUGUGUCAACAGCCCCAGCAGCGUUACCCUCUCCGGAGACUUGGACACUCUCGGCGAGAUUGCUGCUAGGUUCGAAAAAGAGGGAGUAUUUACCAGGAAGCUCAAGGUCCCCAUGGCCUAUCACUCCCACCACAUGAUGCCUAUGGUGGCUGAAUAUACCGAACGCCUGGAGGAAUUGCUUGACCUUCCCGUGACGCCGGAAUGGAAUGGCCCCCUGUUUGUAUCGCCGGUAACGGGUGAGGCUGUGACGGCAGUCAAGACAUUCGGGGCCGAACACUGGGUCCAAAAUUUGACCAAGCCGGUUCAAUUCAGUCGGGCAUUUGAGAACAUGUGCUUCAGCUCAUCGGACUCUUCAGCUCCUUCUGCCAAUGUUGAUCUUAUUUUAGAGAUCGGGCCUCACAGCACCUUGGCUGGCCCAAUUCGCCAGAUCCUGAAGGGAAAAGAUGUCAAAAUGCCCUAUGCGUCAUGUCUCAGACGGCCAAUCAAUGCCGUGGAGACAAUGCAAGACCUCGCAUGUGAGCUAUUGUCUCAGGGCUAUCCAGUGGAUCUCAAGUCGGUCAACUCUCCUAUUGGGGAUGCUCACCAUACCUUUGUGGCCAAUCUGCCCUCUUAUCCGUGGAAUCACUCAACUCGCUUUUGGGUGGAGCCAAGGAUUGCCAAAGAGCAGCGGUUCAAGAAAUUCCCUCCUCACGAGCUACUGGGCACGCCUCUGAAUGGAUCGAACGCUCUCACUCCCACUUGGAGAAACUUCCUACGUCUUUCGGAGAUUGAAUGGCUUAAGGAUCAUCAGAUCGAUGAUACAGUUGUGUUCCCUGGCGCCGGGUACAUUGCCAUGGCCAUUGAGGCCAUACGGCUUAUCACCGAUCCUUCUGAGAGCACAAUUCGGAAGUACCGGCUGCGAGACAUCGACAUUAUGAAUGCCUUGGUGCUUCCCGACUCCGAAAUGGGAGUGGAAGUGCAACUCCAGCUGCGUCGUUGCAGCGACAGAGAGCUUGACCACGAAGGCUGGUAUCAAUUCGAACUCUUCUCUCUGGCGAGUGCCGAUGCACCGUGGAUUGAGCACUGCAAAGGGUAUGUCACCGUUGAAACUGAGAGCGAGACUCGAAUCAUCGCGCUCAAUGAUGGGCGCGAGAUUUCACGCGAAGAUGCCUUUUUUGCCGACGGUGUUGAUCCAUGCCCUAUCGACAUUGAUUCCCUUUUCGCUGGUUUGCGUAAGCGCGGAAUCUACCACGGUCCGCUCUUCCAGAAUAUCAUUGACAGUCACGCAGCUCGUAACAGAGCAAUUACGAAUUUCGCAAUCUCAGACAUCGCUUGCCAGGAGCAUGAGUAUGUUCUGCAUCCCACUACGCUGGACUCUAUUCUGCAAUCGUCGUUUAGCAGCCUGCCAGAUGAUAUUGGGCAGGACUCCAUGGUUCUUCCUCGUUCGAUUCGUACAAUCGAUGUUCCGUGGAACUUCAAGAGACAAGGUGGUGAGAGAUUGAGAGCUUUGAGUGAGAUGGUCACAGGAGAUACGCGUGGCUAUUCAUCAGACAUAACGGUCGUGUCUGAUAAUUCCGAUGCAACCCGCUCUUUCCUUGAAAUCAAGGAUUUCUUUGGCUCGGCAAUUCCUCGUCGUGUCCAAGAUUCAGGCGAGGAGGCGGGCAUCUGCUCUAUCAACUGCUGGGAAUUGGAUAUCCUUCACAACCCUCCCGCCUCUUUCAGAGAAUCCAUGGUCAUUCCAGUGAAAGACCAUGAGAUUGAGCAAGAGAGGAAACUGAGCCGGAUGUCCUACAUCUUCAUCCAUGACGCUGCCGCGGAACUUGAAUCCCAAGAGUCCGAGUCCUGGCAAUGGCACCACAAGCGAUUGUACGCUUGGAUGAGAGAGGUUGUGACACUUGGUGAAGCCGGAAAACUCGGACCCAACAGUCAGUUAUGGUCUAAGCUAAGCCCAGGUGCGAAGAGGAUCCUGGCGGACGAGCUCAGCGCAGGGAAUGCGGCUGGUCGACUCACUGUUCGGAUUGGAGAAAAGCUCGCGAGCAUUAUCCGCGGAGACAUUAUGCCGCUUGAGCUGAUGAUGGAGGGUGAUCUCCUGAAUCAAUUUUACAUGCAGCACGAGGCUCUCAAGACCCGAUCCUACUCGCAUCUCGCUCGCGUUGCGGAGCUAUACGCAGUGAAGAAUCCUGGCGCCAAUAUCUUGGAGAUUGGAGGCGGUACAGGAGGAGCGACAAGUACGAUCCUUGAGGCUUUCGGCAAGAGAGGUUCUGACAACGGUACUAUCCUCGGUCAUUAUACCUUCACAGACAUUUCGCCAGGCUUCUUUGAGGCCGCAAGAGAGAAGUUUGCCCCGUGGGCAAGGAUGAUGGAUUUCAAGAAACUCGACAUUGAAAUUGACCCGCUCGCACAAUCCUUUACUUCUGGCAGCUUCGAUCUCAUUGUGGCGGCCUCUGUGCUUCAUGCGACCAAGAACCUCCAUACGACCAUGAAGCAUGUGCGGAAGAUGCUCAAGCCGGGUGGCACGCUGUUGCUCAUCGAGGCUACUGCCGAUCGUCUUGAAGGGCAGCUCAUCUUCGGGACCUUGCCGGGGUGGUGGCUUGGAGAAGAGCCUGAGCGGCAGAAGAGUCCCAAUGCUCCAUUCGAGAUGUGGGAUCGCGUCCUGCGGGAUACUGGAUUCACCGGCGUUGACUUUGAAAUCAGCGACUAUGAGGAACCUGAGUUCCAGUCAGCGCGUGUCAUGCUAUCGAGGACUUCCGCAACGGUGCAAGCGCCCAUCUCCAUUGUGGUUGAGGACAAGACGGCGGAGGAUCCCCAGGAGUGGUUGGCAGAGCUAUCCGAUGCAAUUCGAGAGAAAACAGGCGUUUUGCCCAAGCUCGUGGACCUGAGUGACGUUGAUUCAUUCAAAGACACAGUCUGCAUUGUUGCCCUUGAAAUGGGAAAUCCGUUUGUGCACAGCAUGGAUGCAGACGCCUUCCAAAAGCUCAAGAGCCUUCUCCUUCUCUCCAGUGGCGUACUCUGGCUCAGCUGUGGUGGCCUUGUUCAUUCCCAGAACCCAGCCUUCUCGGCUUCGGAGGGUCUUCUGCGAACCAUGAGACAAGAGGAUUCUCACACACGAUGGAUCCGACUGGGCUUUGAAAACGACGAAAAUCCGUGGACAAGCGGCAAGAUUGGACACGUCAUUCAUGUGUUGGAGCGGUCAUUCGACAAGGACGCCGAGACAAGCAACAUUGAAUGGGAGUACUCAGUGGCAGAUUCCCAGCUUCAUGUGCCCAGGAUCUUCCCCGAGAAAACUCUGGAUGCCAUUGCCAGGGACCUUAAACUUCCUCUUGAGCCUGCGCUUGAAGCAUUCCAUCAGCCUGACAAGCCCCUGGUAUGGGAGACGUCGCCGAGCACGGGCCUGGACCCAUACUUCGUGGAGAAUCCAGUGAUCCUAUCUACGGAUGUGCCAAGUGGGAUGGUGGAAGUGGAGGCAAGAGCUUUUGGCCUAAAUUUCCGUGAGGUGAUGGUUGCGCUGGGCCAGCUGGAAGAGCCCCUGACGGGCUACGAGUGCUCCGGCAUCAUCACCCGUCUAGGUCCCAAUACGGAGCAAAGCGGUUUGAAGGUUGGCGACCGCGUUGCAGCAUUGUGCAAGGGCCGUAUUGCGAGCAAGGGACGAACUUACUGGACUUCGGUUGUCAAGGUGCCGGACGAGAUGCCUUCGAAAAUGGCAGCCUCAUUCCCAGCGGCUUACACCACGGCUUAUGGCAGUCUAAUUCAAGUCGCAGGACUUCAGAAGGGCGAAUCAGUGCUCAUCCAUGCUGCAUCCGGUGCAACUGGCCAAGCCGCGAUUGUCAUUGCGCAGCAUGUUGGAGCAGAGGUCUUCGCUACCUGCAGCACUGAAGGGAAGCGAGACCUGCUCGUCGAACACUACGGCAUCAAACCUGAUCAUAUCUUUGCCAGCCGUUCUGGAAGUUUUGCUGCGGGUAUCAUGACUAAAACAAAUGGCAAGGGAGUCGAUGUAAUUCUUAACUCUCUGUCUGGGCCGCUGUUGAAGGCAUCUUGGGAUUGCAUGGCCCGCUUCGGCCGCUUUGUUGAUAUCACGAAGGUGGAUAUGGAGGCCAACCGCUGGUUACAAACAGCCCCAUUCAGCCGCUGUUCCAUGUUCUCGAGUUUCGACCUGUUGCAGCUUACUGAGUGUCGUGGCAGACUGACGCACGCGGCGCUGUCGGAGAGUCUCAACAUCAUCCGUGAGCGUGGAAUCUCUCCUGUGCACCCCAUUACGCCGUACCCAAUCUCCGAGAUGGCCACGGCCAUGCGUCAAAUGCAAGGAGGAAUGCACAUGGGCAAGCUGGUCCUCGUACCGCAUGAUGAGGAUAGAAUCAAGCUCAUCCGCCGCCCAUCGCCCGUCUCACUGGAUAGCCCUGGUGAGACCUAUUUGGUCGUCGGCGGACUAGGUGGUAUUGGCCGUGCCAUUGCGACGUGGAUGAUUGAAAACGGUGCGAAGAACUUGGUGCUCGUCUCACGCCAUGCCACAUCCCAUCCCGAAGCCCCUGCGCUUGCCAAGAUGGCCGAGACGGCAGGAUGCCGGCUCCAGAUCCACGAUUGCGACGUUUCAAAUGAGAUGAGUCUGCUGCAACUGAUCCGUGACUGCUCGGAGACAUUGCCCCCGUUCCGCGGAGUGAUCAACGGAGCCAUGGUACUCGACGACACUGUCCUGGAACGCAUGACAUUCGAACAAUGGAGCAAUGCUGUCCGGCCGAAGAUCCACAGCAGCUGGAAUCUCCAUACGCAUCUUCCCAACCUGGCGUUCUUUGUCAUGUUGUCAUCCGUGGCUGGUGUGGCCGGGCACAUGUCCCAGGCCAACUAUUCCGCUGGCAACUCCUUUGAGGAUGCCCUUGCUCGAUACCGAACGGCGCGCGGUCUACCGGCCGUGACCAUCGACCUCGGUGCUGUCAAGUCGGUUGGGUACGUGGCAGAUAGAGAAGCCAGUGGCGACGACCGGCUGCGGGCACGAGUCGAGAAUGUCGGUUUUGGCUCCGUCGAUCUGGAUCAUGUAUUGCGGAUGGUUGGACAUGGAAUCAGUGAGUCUCUGCGCCAGUCGCCAUCGCAGAGCCAGGUCAUUGUUGGGCCCAACUUCCACACCCUCGCCAGCGAGUCAGUCAUGAGCCAUGACAGACGAUUCGGUACGCUCCGCAUUGCCAGCCAGCGGGGAAUCGAGACAGCCGCCACAUCCACCAGUAAGACCUCUACGGCCGCGCUCGCGCAAGCACUCUCCAAGGCCUCGACUCUCACCGAGGCCGUGGCACUGCUGGUCCAGGCGAUCGUGGCCAAGAUUGCAGAAAUCUUCAAUAUUCCCCUCUCGGAUAUUGACGCGGAGUUGCCGAUGUCGCGCUACGGCGUCGAUUCCCUCGUCGCUGUGGAACUACGUAACUGGCUGAGCAGCGGCGCAAAGGCUAAAGUCACUGUCUUUGAUAUCCUCCAGAGCGCAUCGCUGAACGAGUUCGGUGCGUUGGUGGCGAGCAGGAGUGAGGAUUUGACGUCCAGGGAGCUGCCAGCAUAG